AUGGUGUUGAACGGUAGGAGGGUAUGCGAUAAGCCGGAGUUCACCAGCCAACGGGCAGUUUGCAAUGAAUACUCGAUCCUCGACUACAUCCUGGUGGAUGGGGGGAGCACACAGAUCCCAGAGCUGCACGUAAGUGCGAUAGAUACAGGUUCGACCGACCACUUCCUCAUAUGGGCAAACAUCGACCGAUCUGGAAAGAUGGAGAGUAAGAAACAGAGGAAAUUGUUCCGGUGGAAAGUAGAGCGUUUGGGAGACGAGGGGGCACGGGAUGAAUUCCAGAAGGGACUGGCUGGUAGUGUAGAACCCUUCAGGAAACUGCUGAGAAGCGUCGAAGACGGACAGGUAGUGAAAGAACUCGAGGCGGCGCAGAUGACAGCAGCGAAAAUCAUCCUAGGAUGCUCCAAGCGCACAAGCAAUGCAGCCGUCAGGGCAGAAUUGGGGAUCCAAUCCUUACUGUCGGGAAGAGACGCGAGGAAGCUGACAUGGCAGUAUUGCAUGUGCGGGAUGGGAGAGGAGAGGUUGCCGAGAAUUGUAUGGGAGGCGAAGUGGGCAAACAAAAAGAGGGGUAGACAACCCACGGAAUGGGUCAAGGGGUUCAAGGAGAAGAUGUCCGUUGCUUGUGCCGAGAGAGAAGAACAGAAUGUAAGAAAAGAAUCCAAGGAUAAGGAGGGUCUAGAAGUGUACGGAAUGUUGAAGGAAGGAAUAGGGUUCAAGGACUACCUACAUGGACCAAUGGAUGCAGGAACAAAGCUUAAGGUCAAAUUCAGGACCGGGGACAUAGGCCUUCGAGAACGUCGACGAAGACAUGGGACGGUAGACGAGGAAGACGACGAGUUCAAAUGUGAUUGCGGCUUCGAAUGCGAAGACCGUGUUCAUGUAGUCGCGGAAUCGUCGACGGAAGUUGCCAAGACCCCCAAGACGGAGUACCAGGAGCACAUGCAGAUGGCCAGGGCGCUGUCCAAGUCCCUCGUGGCGCCCAAGGCAACAGCGGUCCAAGAUGAAGCGAGCGAGGAGGUAUGCACAAAGGAGUUGGCGAGGAACCCGGCUGCCUUCCGCGCCAAGGAGAGACGGCUGGUGGGGGUGCUGAAAGACCUGGACGUAAAGCUGGAGCGCCUCAAGAAGGACCGGGACUCCGCUCUCAGGAAGCUUGCGGCCCACCGCACUCUCGGUGCGCGCUUGUCCGCCGGGGCAGGCGGGGUACCCAGCGAGAGCAGCGGCGGCGACGGCGGCGGGGCCCCCAAGACCGCGGAGGAGGUUGUGGAUAUCAUUUUCGCCGACGAGCACGGGGCCGCCGCCGCCGCCGCCGGCAUCGGCAGCGGCGCGCGAACGCCGUUACGCGUGUCGACGAGCCGCCUGUCCGAGGAGGGGCGUGCGCAACAACGGGGAGCAACGUUGCUGUCGUCGUCACCGUCGUCAUCGUCCCCGGUGUCUUUGUUGUCGAAAGGGACGGCAGUCGCUGAUGCUGCUGGUGGUGGCUCUGAUGCUGCGUCGGGAGAGCGACCGACCACGGUACCACGACGCAGCCGACGAGAACGGGCUAAGGGAACUCCCGCGCCCCUCCCCGCGCCAGAGGAGGACGGUGCGUCGGACGGAGCGGCCGGAAAAGGAGGAGGAGGAGGAGGAGGGUUUGUCGCUGGCGCUCGCGGUACACCUCCCUCCGGCGAUAACCCGCGGUACGACGGGGACAAGGGUUGUUGGGGCGAUGAUGAUGAAGACGAUGAAGACGACGACACAGGAGUGGGGAGGUUAAUUCGUCGUCGGAGUGGCGGGGGCGCGAACGGCAAUGGGCAGCGGUCGACGCCGGGCGGAGACGGGAGUAGGGCUAGGCGUGGGAGGACGCUGUGGGCUAUCGCUCAGGGGGCGGACGAGCUGAGCCAGUCCGAUUUCGUGACGGGAGUGUUCGCAGACAUCAGGGCCAACUCCACCGGUGGCGUGGGAGGCGGGGCGGGUGGGAAGCCGCACGCCGCCAAGCCGGGACGUCGGGCGGCAGUGACGGCUGCGGCGUACGGUGACGCGAGGUUGUACAACCGCCGCGUUGUGUCUUCCGCCGCUGCUUCUCCUUCGGCGUUGUCUUCAACCUUGUGCUCCGACCAAGGAGACACCGACGAAGGAAUGGGCGGGGGUCGGCCAGGGAAAAGCGAAAGGGAACAGAGCGCGAGCCAGCUUAACCCUUCAGAUGAGAACGGUGGUAGUGGUGGUGAUGGUGACGACGCCGUUGAUGACGUCAUUCAGCUGCUGUCGCAAACGCUGUCGCAAGCUUCAGUGUCGGGUGGUGGCGGAGGGACAGCCUCGGCACAGAACGGAGGACAGGAGAACGGGGGCAAAAAGCAAGAGGAGGAGGAGGAGGAGGCGGAGAGGUUCGCCGCUAGGCACAUCGCGCGGGCGCCGGUGUCGUCUCUCUCCGGGCUCUUCCCCAACUGGAAAGAGAACGUCGGUUUCGUGUUCCGGCAGGGAGCGGCGGAGCUCCAGGAAGCACUGCAGGGCAUCGUAACCGCGUUGUCCGAGGAGGAGGAGAAAGAGGCAGAGGCGUUGGUGUUCUUCGAAGGCGUUAUUCUCGAGGCGUUGGAAGCGAGGGGUCCGGCUUGUAGUAGGCAGUUGGCUUUUUUGGGGGAGGAACGACGCCGUGAUGAUGGCAGCCACAGUCCGGGGUUCGAAGUAGGGUCCCCGCAGACAUGGCGCCGUGGGAGUGAGGGUGUCGGUAUUGGUAGAAAUGGCGGUGGCGCCGUAACACCUGGAAGCGAUAGCCCCCCCCGCGGUGGUGCGAAUAGCGUGCAAGAUAGUGGUUUCGCGUUAGAAGGACCGGAGGAAAGAGGGAGCGAGAGAUACGACGGCGGCGGCAGCGAAAACGGUGAAGGUCAAGCCCGAGUUGACGGCGAGAGUGGAGAUCACCUUUCGGUUGCCGAUGAGGCGACGGGGCUCGAAGAGACGCACGCCACCACCGCUGAGAAUAAUGGCCAUGACGCCGAGCCUGCUGCUGUUGGAACAGACGACGGCGACGCAGGCACGCAGAGCGUUGGGCACCCCCACCACGGAGACAGCAGCGUGGAGGCCAUCGUGCUCAGCGGCGACUCCACCGCGUCAGCGGUGGUUACCUUCGACCUCACAAGCUCGGAGUCCAGCAAGCGUUGUUCUUCCGCCGGUGACAUCACCGCCGCCGCCGCCGCCGCCGCCGCCGCCGCCGCCGGUGGCGUUGCCGCGGCAGGGUUAGCAGAGUUCCCGGUCGGUGCUGACGGUGGCGGUCGUAACUCCGGCCGAGGCGUCACGGCAAGGGCAAGGAAUGGUCAAGAGGAGGAGGACGAGGAGGACGAGGAAAAUCGCACGUUUGCGAUCGUGGACAGCGGUGGCGGCGGCGGAGGUGGAGCCAAUGAUGCUGCCAGUAGUAGGCGGAAGUCCCACCGAGGCGUAACGGCAAGCGUGAGGAAUUGCCAAAGGAAGGAAGAAGAGGAACAAGAUGUCGAGUUUGCGAUGAUCGACAGCGGAGGCGGCGGUGGCGGAGGUGGCGCCAAUGGCCCGGACUCAACCGACGAGAGAGGCGAAGCUAGCGGUGACAGUGACGACGUCGUCGACGAGUACGCCCUGGAAGACGAGUACGGCUUCGACGACCAUGACUAUUGCGCCUGGGGUGACGAAAACGACUUGUCGUUUGUUCCCUCACCCGACAUCGACGGUGUCGCCGACGAGCGGCAGCCGCCGCCGCCGCCGCCGCCACCGCCACCGUCACCGCCGCUUUCGCCGACACAACGGCCCCCCGAUAUCGAUCCCCCCGCUGCUGCUGCCGCUGACAAAGUCUCGCACGAUUCGACGUCGGCGAUGGGGGCCGAGCUGUUGGAUCUCACGCAGGUAGCACCGCUGCCGUCCCCGUCGCUGAGACGCUGCCGUGAGUCUCUAGACGCGGCAGCGGCGACAUCGCCUAUUGGUCGGGGUCGGUCGCAACAUCGCGGACUUGAAAGUCCGGCGACGGCGCGGCGCAGGCAUCACUGCACACCGUCAUCCCCUCCGGUAGAAGGAGAGGAGGGGGCUUCGUCUCCGACUGCCGUAGGGGGGAACGAGGACAUUGCCGAGCUGCGGGAGGUGAUGCCUUCGUUCGGGCAGAUGACGCUCCAGGAGCUGGCCGGGAUGAUGGCGGUGUACGGGCUGAAGAAGAAGUCUAAGAGGGAGAUGACGGAACGCCUGGAACACAUCUGGAAGACCCUGCACCCCGCCGCCGCCGAAGAAGGCAUGUCUGCGGCAGGGGACGGAAACGCGACGUCUUCGUCGUCGUCAUCGUCGUCGUCCAGCAGAAGCAGAAAGCGAGACGCGCCGUCUCGGGAUAGCGGUGGCGACCCUUCUGCUUAUCUGUCGGCGUCUUCCCAAGGUCAUCGGCGCAGCAGGGGGGCGGCAGAGGCGAGGCCCACCUCUUCGCCGGCGGCGGCGGCGGCCGCGGCGGCGGUGACGGUGACGUCAUCGACAAGCAUUCCACGGCGCCCCCCGCUCCCCAGGCCACCCCGAGGUGGUGGCGUCCCGGGUGCUGGUGAUAGUCGGCGGGGUGGGUUUUCGCAGGAAGAAGAGGCGGUGCCCCCGAUUCCAUCGACGUGCAGGUCUCAGCAGCAGCAGCAGCAAGGGUUUCUUGCCGAGAACAGCAGCGGGAGGAACGGGGUCGACGCGGACCUCGGGGAGAGAAUACGCAGCGUAAUCAUGGGAUACGCACCACUCCACGAGGAUAUUCUUCUCCUUAAGACUGUGGAUCUGUCCGCCAUCCACACGUUAAUCAAGAACGCCGGGGUGAAGUGCACGAAGAAGGACCUGGCCUCCUACCUCGACUCCCGAGGGAUAACGUUUAUCGACAGAGGGGGGGUCAAAAGACGGGCCCGGGGCGGGGAGCGGGAAACCGAAGGAGAAGAACAAUCGCAGCGGAAGAAGAAAAAGAAGAGGCGUCCUGGGGCGACGGGGACGGCGGCGGGGCGAAACGGCGCUGUGUGCGUAGCGCGGGAUGGUACUUUAUGUAGAUAGCGGUGGGGAGGAGAGAAACGAACCCAGAAGACUUAAGGAGAGGCGUGCGGCAAGGUUGUGUAUGGUUGGGUGGUGUCGGUGAAAAAUGUUGCCCUUAUUGACACCGUGUACAAACGAAAUUUGUUAGAAUUUUCCCACGAAAAAAUGUUGGGGAGGGAGAGAGGUGGGCGAUUGGUACAGCUACUAUUGUCAAGAAUGUCGGCAGUUUUGGGGUGGUGUGUGUCUGCCUCUGCUUUUUCAGUUGUAGUCUGAACCGGUGUUGUACAAUUCAUUUGAUUUUCGUGUGACUCGUAGGCCGAGCCUCAAGAGGAGUUGGGCGCUUUGAGCCUGGGCGUGGCUUGGAAUAAAUACCAUCGUUGUUCUGAAAAAAGCGGUUGGGAGCAGUUCGAGGUAAGGCUGGAGAGGGCAAUGCCGAUCAUCUAGCGCUUGUCUCGU